ACACACACCCCUCAAUGCCAAAAGCUGCUCAUUGUCACUAAUACUUCAUACAAUCACAUGCAAGAGUUCAACAAUAAUGGAAUUUAUGUCCACAAUUUGCUUGUUUUUAGUCGUCAUUUUAACCUACUUUCUCAUAGUUUUUCUUCUGAAAUUCUUAUAUUCUGCCCAGACAAAGCUGCCACUUCCACCAGGAACUAUGGGUUGGCCAUAUAUUGGAGAAACCUUUCAACUAUAUUCACAGAACCCCAAUGUUUUCUUUGCCUCCAAAGUUAAAAAGUAUGGUUCUAUCUUCAAGUCUCACAUAUUGGGAUGCCCUUGUGUGAUGAUAUCAAGCCCAGAGGAAGCAAAACUUGUGCUUGUGUCGAAAGCUCACCUCUUCAAGCCUACAUUCCCAGCUAGCAAAGAGAGGAUGUUGGGAAAACAAGCCAUUUUCUUUCAGCAAGGAGAGUAUCAUACCAAGUUGAGGAAGCUAGUUCUCACUGCAUUCAUGCCUGAGACAAUCAAAAAUAAAAUAUUGGAUAUCGAAUCAAUUGCAGUUAGCUUACUACAAUCAUGGGAAGGCAGAUUGAUCAACACUUUCCAAGAAAUGAAAACAUACACGUUCAAUGUAGCAUUGCUUUUCAUGUUUGGACGUGAUGAAGUUCUAUACAGGGAAGAUCUGAAGAGGUGUUAUUAUAUUCUUGAAAAGGGAUACAAUUCAAUGCCGGUGAACCUUCCGGGAACGCUCUUCCACAAAGCCAUGAAGGCUAGGAAAGAUUUGGCUCAGAUCUUGGCUAAAAUUCUCAAACUUAGAAGGCAAAUGAAACAUGAUUACAGCGACUUAUUAGGAUCUUUAAUGGAUGAUGAAGAAGGCCUAGACGACGAACAAAUUGCAGAUAACAUUAUUGGUGUUAUCUUUGCUGCCCGUGACACCACUGCUAGUCUCAUAACAUGGAUUCUCAAGUUCCUAGCUGAAAAUCCAAGUGUCCUGCAUGCUGUCACUGAAGAGCAAGAAUCCAUAAUAAAGAAUAAAGUAGAACGUGGCGAAGACAGGAUUUUGAGCUGGGCAGAUACAAAGAAAAUGACAAUUACAAAAAGGGUGAUUCAAGAGUCGCUCAGAGUUGCUUCUAUCUUAUCUUUUACUUUCAGAGAAGCUGUUGAAGAUGUUGAGUUCAAUGGUUAUCUCAUACCAAAAGGGUGGAAAGUUUUACCACUGUUUAGGAAUAUCCACCACAGCCGAGACAAUUUUUGUGACCCUGAGAAGUUUGAUCCUUCAAGAUUCGAGGUUGCUCCGAAGGCCAAUGCAUUUAUGCCAUUUGGCAGUGGAACCCACUCAUGUCCAGGAAAUGAGUUAGCCAAACUAGAGAUUUUGGUUCUUAUUCAUCAUCUGACCACAAAGUUUAGGUGGUCUCUUGUGGGCCCACAAAAUGACAUUCAGUAUGAACCCUUUGCUCUCCCCCAGAACGGAUUGCCCAUCCAGCUCUCUCUCAAGAGAUAAAUGAGAAAAUUGCUGAGUAGAGCGAUAGAACUCAUUUCAUUGUAAAAAUCGAUUAUGAAUAAUAAGUUUUUCCAAAACAUUUGGUCAUGAAUAACGAAACGACGAAGAGUCGUCUGCAGGGGCGGAUCUAGCCUUGAAGUUGAACACGAGGUACAAUACAAAUAUACAUAGAUUUAUCUUUAAAAAAAUCUAAGAAAAAUUAGACAUUUUCAGGAUCCAGGCACGGACUAUAGCAUGGUCGAGCUUGUGCCUGAAUCCACCAGUGGUCGUUUGCAUAGAAAGUACUCUUUGGACAAAGAUGAGAAAAGUUAAAGAGAAGUAUUGCUUGUAACAUGGUCUUUUAUUCAAAAUUAGCUAGAGUACUGAAUAGGUUAUCUUUUCUUACAAUUGAAUCAUAUGUACAAAAAACUAUAUAAUAAGCAAUUUGUGUUUAUUUUCAACA